CUGGCGGGAUCGACACGGAGAGCGGAGCCGUGGAGGCACCGGCCGUCGGCCUUCCUUUCCCCUUUCUUGAUUUGAUUACCAAGAACAAGAAAAACCGAGCUGUUGAUUAUUCAUCUGAUUAAGUGAGUUCUGCUUCACAACCUCUGCAAUGGAUAACUAUGACUGGGGCUCCACACCAACAUUGUUGACAAGAUCAGGAUGAGCUACAUCAGCGAGAAAUCCAUGGCCAUCAGAUGGAGGAAUGAGACAGCCUAGGAGCACAAUUACAUUACUGAUUGCAUCCCUUAACCAAACACUAUCCAAACCGGCACAAGAUGCCACCACAGCGUCCGUGCCUGUCCCUCAUCCGGUGCCUCUCCAGUUAUGGUGAUGGCGAUCUCACCACCCUCCUCUUGGUCCUCCGCUCGCCGCCAACAUCCUCCACGUCGCUCCAGCGCACCCUCACCAGUGCUUUCCCAUCUCCCUCCAACUCCUUUCCCCUUCAGAAACUCCCCUACCUCCUCCCGCUCCUCCCCUCCCCCCUCCUCUCCCUCCAGUUCCUCCUGUGGCGCCUGCCCCCCUCCUUGCCACUCCCGUCUUCAUACACCCUCUCCUCGCUCGCCGCCUCGCUCCCUGAUCUCCCAUCCUCCAUGCCCCUCCUCCUCUCUUCUUCACCACAACCUCUCCCCCUCAGGCACUAUGCCCUCUUACUGAGCAUCUCCGCACACGCUGGCCUGUUUCCCACCUCCCUUGCCAUCUUGCGACACAUGCAUUCUUUCAGCCUCACCCCUGAUGUUUCCUGCUUCCUCUCCGCCCUUCGCUCAGCGAGCUCUCCCAGCGAUGUCUGCACCAUUCUCAGUAUCAUGUCAGUGUCUAGUGUCUCACCAAGUGUCCCACUGGUUGUGACCUCGGUUCAUAAGCUGGCAAACGCAGGGGACUUUGUUGGUGCCCGCCGGCUCAUCAAGAAAAUGCCAGAGUUUGGGUGCGUGGCCAAUGUGACUGUGUACACUGCGUUGCUCGAUGGGAUGUGCAAUUUCGGGGAUGUGGAUGCCGCGUUGGGACUCAUGGAAGAGAUGGAGGGUGGUAGCUUGGGCACAGGGUGUGCACCCACCGUGGUGUCCUAUACGUGUUUGGUGAAAUGCCUGUGUGGUAAUAGGAGGAUGGUGGAGGCACUGGGCGUGCUGGAAAGGAUGACAGGGAGAGGGGUGAUGCCCAACCGGGUGUUUGUGCGAACACUUGUCAGUGGGUUUUGUUCAGAAGCAAGGGUCAUGGAUGCUUAUGCUGUGGUGGAGCGUGUGGUCAGCGAUGGGAGCAUGUCAAGCGAGCAAUGCUACAAUGUUCUGCUUGUUUGCCUGUGGAAGGUUGGGAUGGAGGGUGAAGCUGAAGGAGUUGCGCAGAGGAUGAUGAAGAAAGGGGUGCAGCUGAGCCCACUGGCAGGCACUGUAAUGAUCAGAGAGCUCUGCAAUAGGAACAGGUUACUGGAUGCUUGCUACUGGAUAGGAGUCAUGGAAAAGAAUGGGGUGAUCUGUGACACUGAUGUCUACACUGGUCUGUUGCUUAGGCUGUGUGCGGAAGGGCAUGUUGGUGAGACCUUGGUGUUGACGAGGAAGGUUGCUGAGAGGGGAAUUCUCAUAGAGGCCUAUUGUGCUGAUCGUUUGAUGGAGUUGCUUAAGCAAUAUGGUGAUGAGGAUCUAGCAUCACGUAUAUCAAGACUGAGAAGGUGCUCUGAAGUGCUAUCACAUUGACCAAUGUGUGAUUCCAACCCUCAUAUAAUUUAUGAAGAAUAUCAUGGUUAGUUGAGUUCAAAUCAAGAAAAUUGCUUCUGUGCUGCAUGAUUACUGCAAGAGAAGGCUCUGGGAGUUUGCUACGGUGAAAUAGAUUGGUUGGGGGGAGGGGGGGGGGGGGGGGGGGAGGUGCAGCACAGUGAUUUGCGUGAGCAAAAUGUGUGCGAUUUGCCCAUUUCCUUUGGUUUAUCUGAAGAACUCAGUCCAGAUCCAAAGGGUGCUUGAGGCCGUGUAAAUUAUGGUUGCGAUGGAACUCAGCGGCCAAUUCUAAUCAAAAUCAGACUACAGAUUUAGAGCCAGAAUACUCCAACCUGAAUUCUUUGACAGGUUCAAAUGAGUUGAUCUUAAGGAAGAAGGCAUUGAACAGUUGGUACUUCUGCUCGUUUUUCCUUCCCCACGAGUAUAGCAUGAUGUGCCCAAGUCACGGCAGCAACUUAUACUCGAUAGAGUCUUGUGAUUACUAAAAGCCGUUUCACCCUCAUGGAAAGAAGAAUUUCAGUAUACAGCAUAUGCAACCAAUGCAUAUGUUGCCUUAGGAUCACUUUGGAAGCCAGCAUUACAAGGAAAUUGCGAAUGUGGAGCGCAUAUGUUUUUACUAUGCAGGGAACAGGUCGGUCAAGCUUAGUACUGCUUUUCACGCUCAACAUAGAGGUAGUGGAUCCAAACGUGCUAACUGCUAAGCGCAACCAGAUGAGUAAUUUGGAAGCUAAGCUUGAUGACCUGCGAAGAGAGAGCUCUUUUAAUAAUGGGGUUAUAUUCCCACAUGUUAUUUUUGUCACCCAGCACAUUUCCCUCCUGAACUGCAAAAACCAACCGACGAUGCUGAGCUAGAAAGGUUAAUGCAGAGAAGUACGGCAGUGUGCGGUUACGUGUCAAUUCAGAAAUACUGGGGGAAAGGCAAAAGAAAGAUAAAGAGGAUGUUCUCUGAAUUAGCGCGGUUUUAUUUUUGGUUAUGCGGGCUAAUAUACUUAACAAGGCAAAUUUACUGCUGGAUCUGGAGUGGUGUUGGAAUUUAAACGAGUUUAUAUAGUCGAGGAAUCACAGGGUUUAGGUUUAGGGUGAUUGUUUGGCGUCAUAUUUGUAAGCGAAAAAUAAUUUUAGAAUAUGUUGGAUAUAUGUAUUCUUAGUGAU